AUGACUUCUGUUCUGUACUUCAUCAUCUUCGCAUUCCUCAUCGUUAUCCUCGUCCUUUUCCUGCAGAGCAUAAAUUCCCGAUAUCCGUCCUGGACCUUCGGGCACGGGGGAACUAUAGGACCUGGAGUUUCGAAGCUGCCAAGACCGAGUAACGACUCUGAAGUAGAUAGGUAUGAGGUCAUGUUCUAUGAUUCGCAAGAUAGGGACAGCCACUCAAUGUAUCGCGAAAGCCUACACCGGUGUUUCGGAGCUAACAAGGAUAGGUCUUCUGAAGAACGUAACGGCAUGAGCUGCCGAUUGAAAGAAAUCAGGGAUCUGGAGGAGAUCAAUUCGUCGAACUGGUUCAACUUCAGAGACUGCAGGGAGGUGGAUUUCGAAGAUUGUCUACCGUGCUCGGAGUGCGGCGAUUACGGGUACUCAAACGAAAGUCCUUGUUUCGCAAUCGGUGCCAAUCGGGUACUGAAUUGGCGUCCGAUACCCUACAGAGCUCAAGAAUUACCUCCAGACAUGCCGGACUACUUGACGCAGAUCUACUCGGAGGAAUGUCUGCACGUUUCGUGCGAUGGGGAUUAUCAAGAGAUCGGAUACAGGGCCGCGAACAUUAAGAAUAUCGAAGAGAUCAAUUAUUUCCCCAGUACCUGUAUACCGGUGACGACCUUCCGCGAUUUCUCCAACCAAACGUGUCGAUCGAAAUCCAUUCGAGUGAGCUUCAAGAUACCCGCGAACAUCCCCGUGACGGUAAGAUGUCGGCUAUGGGCGAAGAACAUCGACUACGACUACCGUUUGCGCAAAGGCACCACGACGUUCACAAUCAUGCACGGAACAGAUGCCGGGAAAAUAAGAAGUAGGCUUGGUAAAGCCACAAUGGGUUGA